UACAUUAAGAGUCCUCUUGCGCCCCCUUGUGACUCGGAGAUUAAACACACCUCAUUAUUCUAGCCUGGAAUGAAAUCCGAAGCACUUUGCUCAGCAUUCACUUGACAGCCUAAACACUCCGGGGGAAAAGGAGAAAUCCUAACCCGGAGAUAUAUUGAGAACUUGUCUUAACAGGUUCAGGUUGGGGGAAAUGGCUCGUCAGUGAUCGCUGUGGAGCCCAAUAAUCUUCAGUCGUUGUUCUUCAGGAGUGAGAGCAGGCUGUAGGGUCAGAGGCAGCUAGAUCGACCAGGAUGGAGCAGCUCAGGGCAGAGUUUGAGAAAGUUAUAGCAGAGCUGAAGUGGGAGGAAGUUGUUUCCACACUGCUGGAAGUGGUCAGCAGCAUGUUGUGCACCACAGCCAGCUCUCCACCUUCAAAUGCUGCCGCUGUCCCUCCUGGGCUCAGAUCUGACCCCCACUGUCAGCCAGUCGCAGGUCACAGCAGAGGUUAUAGUGGGUGCGUCCCGCCUUGCCCAGAAUUUGUGCAACCAGGUCAGAUGAUGGCAGGGCCUCAGUCUAAUCCGUACGACAUGCAUGCAUUUGACAUCAAAAGUCAGGCAGGUGCCCCCCAGAAUAUGUCAGUCCCUGGGGGAACACACCCUGAAAACUCCAGCUGGUGUCCAGCUGGGAUGAUGAAUGGGGGUGAAGUCUACCAGAUGGCAGGUCCUGUCUUUGCUGCUCCAAUAACAUCCACCUCAAAGAAUGGAGGGGUGGUUUACCACAUUACGGGGCAACCUGUCUUUGCUGCUCCACCAAAUACAACCACAAAAAGAAAACGAAGGCGCCGGCGCAUACGCGAUGUAGACCAGCCGUACGUCAAGAAACCACCCAAUGCCUUCAUGUGCUUUCUGAAGGAGCAGCGGCAACACGUGAAGGCGCAAAUGAAUUUAAAGGAUAGUGCGUCUGUCAAUACUGUGCUUGGUCAUAUGUGGAAGUUGCUGACUGAUGAGGGACAGGCUAAAUAUUAUAAGAUCGCUGAUGCUGAAAAAAAACUCCAUUCCCAAAUGUAUCCGGAAUGGUCCAACAGCGACAACUAUGGUAACAGGAGGCGACGGCGCAGCUUUACAACAACCACCGCUGUGACAGAACCGGACUCUCCAGAUGAAACUCCAACUCACUCUAAGACCAGUGAUGAGUCUGAAAAAAUGCGUAUUGCAGACAAGGUCCUACACAUGCUGGGGUGUGCCUAGUCCUUUAAACUAUCCGACUCCCCACUCCACCCUCCACCGCCAGUUCUGUAGUUCUGUAAAUGUCCAUCCAUCCAUUUUCUUCCGCUUAUCCGGGUCCGGGUCGCAAGGCAGCAGUCUCAGGAGGGAAGUGUGUCCAAGGUCUGCCCCAGGGCCUCCUCCCACCUGGGCAUGCCCGGAACACCUCACCAGGGAGGUGUCCACUAGGCAUCCCGACAAGAUGUCUGAGCCACCUCAACUGGCUCCUCUCGAUGUGAAGGAGCAGCAGUUCUCCUCUGAGGCCCUCCCGGAUGACUGAGCUUCUCACCCUAUCUUUUAAGGUGAGUCCAGCCACCCUAUGGAGGAAAUUCGUUUUGGCCGCUUGUAGCUGUGAUCUUGUUUUUUCGGUCAAGACCCAAAGCUCAUGACUAUAAGUGAUGUUGGGAACAGAGAUUGAUGGGCAAUUUGAGAGCUUAGCCUUCUGGCUCUCCUCACCACGAUGGUCCAGUACAGAGACUGCAUUAAAGCAGAUGCUGCACUGAUCCAUCUGUCGCCGUCAUGCUCCAAUCUUCCCUCACUCAAGAGACGCUGAGAUACUCCUCCACCUGGGGCAAGAACUCACUCACAACCCAGAGGGUGCAAGCAACCCUUGUCCGACUGAGGACCAUGGCCUCGAGGUCAAACACCGUAAUAUGACCAUUAGGACCUUGUCCAAGGCUAAAAAGUGCAGACCAUUAGGGCAAGCUCCCGUACACCCUCAUUACUCAUGUAAAGGUGUAGAGCUGGUCCAGUGUUCUUGACCAAGACAAAAACUACAUUGCACUUCCUGUAGCCGAGGUUCGAUUAAUGGGUGUACCGUUCUCUCCGGCACCCUGGAAUAGACUUUCCAAGGGAGGCUGAGUGUGAUCCCCCUAUAGUUGGAAAACACCUUGUUGGAAAGGUGUGUCAGCCAACAAGACAGUCCAACAAUCAGAGCUUUGGGGAAUUCAGGGUGAAACUCGUCCACCCCUUGAAGUUUGCCACUGGGGCUUGUUUUGACUACCCCAGAUACCUUAGCCACAGUGAUAGAACUAUCCGCAUUUGUAUCCUCAGACUCUGAUUUCUCUCUGGAAGGUAUGUCAGUGGGAUAUGAAGGGCCUUGAAGUAUUCCUUCCAUUGCCCGAUUAUAUCCUCUGGCGAGGUCAAGCCAUGUGUUUUUUGGCUUUCUGGUACCUGCCAGUUGCUUCAGGAGCAACAUAAGCCAUUCGUGCUUGAUAAGAUUCCUUCAGCUUGAAGCCCUAAUCUCUGUUGUCCAUCAUCGGGUUUGGGGCUUGCCGCUACAACUGGCACCAACCACCUUGUGGGCGCAUCUCCAAUUGGCUGCCAAAGCAAUGAAUGAAGCACUGAAUACGGCCCAUUCAGAGAGUUAAAGACCUGACUAACGGGAGACUCUGCCAGACGUCCCCACCGUUACUCCCAUGUUUGGGUCUGUCAGGUCUGUCUGACAUCCCUCCCCCCAGUCAUCUAAUCCAACUCAUCAGUUGACAGCUCAGCCACUCUCUUCACCUACGGGAGAACCUAGAGAACAUGUGGACGCAGGCCUGAUAAGACUACAAAAUUAUGCAUAUACCUGCGGCCUAGGGUGUCCUGGUGCCAGGUUCACUUGUGGACAUCUUUAUGUUCGAACAUAGUGCUUGUUAUGGACAAACUGUGGUUUUGCACAUAAGUCCAAUAACAUUUGACUGCACAGGUUGAGAUCGGGGAGGCAGUAUCUCCCAAUCAUGCCCUCCAGGUCACACUGUCAUUGCCUACAUGGACAUUGAAGUCUCCCAGUAGAACUAUGGAUUCACCAGCAGCACCCUCUGAUAGACUCCAAGAAGGCUGAUGUUUGGAUACACACCAAAUGUGUCGGGAAGGCACCCCCGUUCACCGGGGAUUAGUCCAACGUGAAGGCACCGAGCCAGGGGGGAUUUUAGUAAGCCCACACUAGCUCACCGCCUCUCUCCUGCGGGAAAUCCAGAUUAGAACCCAAAAUGAAGGUCCAGGUGACUAAGACUGUCUAUUUGGAAUGCCUCAACCUUGCACAAGCUUAGCCCAUGUGGCUUCCUCAGGCUGGGCCCAGUGCCCGACCACCAGGCGCUUGCCAGCGAGCUUGGCUCUAGGGUGAGGCCCCAGUGACCCAUGUUUGGGCAAAGUGUGUUUUUCUUCAGUGGGUCUUCUUAAGCACUUAUCUUCUUAUCUGCCCCGUCACCUAGGACCUGUUUGCCUUUGGAGACCAUAUCUGGGGCAUAUAGCCCUGGACAACAUACCUCCUAUGAUCACUCUGGCACUUGGUGAUUCAUGGAGGCGUAUAUUUAAAUGUAAAUAAUGUAGACAUAUUUUAAAGUAGUUUAAUUGUUUUAGACAUUUAAUUGGGGACAUCAAUUAAAAACUACAAUGCAGCCAUUAAAAAUAAUGUUGUCAAGGACAACCACAAUGUAUUCCACAAGACAUCCCCUGCAUUUCCCCAUGCGUUCCAAUAUGUAGUCAAGAUAAAAGGUGUGAACAUGUUCUGCACACACUGGAAAAAUAGGCGGCGAUAAAUCCAAUGUAUCCCUGUGGGAUGCUAGAUAUUCACAAAGUGAAUGGAAUUGAGUCAAAAACAGUUUUUAAAUGAUGAGUCUUGUCAAUUUAGUGUUGAUUUUUGUGUCUUAAUGACAUAUAAGGUAAUGGUUUUAUUUGAAUGCACAUGUUUUACUUUGGUAUACAUCACGUUACAAUUCACUAUUCCACAUGUCCAAAAGGAGUAGGAAAAAGCAAAGCAUAUUCAGUUCUCCCCCCUGUCCUUUUUCAUCAACUGCUAAUACAUUUGUUCACUUCCUAUUCAACAUGUGCCCAUUACCAGUUCUGAAAUAACAUGAAAAUGAUAAAGCAGCAUAACAAUGUGUUACAAUAAAGUUGGUUUGUAAAUCAAUAUAAAUACAUUGUAUAGCACUCACUAAAAAAUACAUAAUAAAUGAUGAGUUAAUAUUUGA